GGCCCCGGCGCGAGGAGAGUCGGCGGCCGGACCCGUCACCCCGGGCGGGACCGAGCGCAGGCGACUACGCGCGGCGGCCCGGCCGAGGGAGGGAGCGGGCGAGCGAGCAAGCGAGCGAGCGAGCGAGCCGGCGCGAGGCAGCCGCUGGCGCCCGAGGGACCGAGCGAGAUUGUAAACCAUGGCUGUGUGGAUACAAGCCCAGCAGCUCCAAGGAGAUGCCCUUCACCAGAUGCAAGCGCUGUAUGGUCAGCAUUUCCCCAUUGAGGUGCGUCAUUACUUAUCCCAGUGGAUUGAAAGCCAAGCUUGGGACUCAAUAGAUCUUGAUAAUCCACAGGAGAACAUUAAGGCCACCCAGCUCCUGGAGGGCCUGGUGCAGGAGCUGCAGAAGAAGGCAGAGCACCAAGUGGGGGAAGAUGGGUUCUUACUGAAGAUCAAGCUGGGGCACUACGCCACGCAGCUCCAGAACACGUAUGACCGCUGCCCCAUGGAGCUGGUCCGCUGCAUCCGCCACAUUCUGUACAAUGAACAGAGGCUGGUCCGAGAAGCCAACAAUGGUACCUCUCCAGCUGGAAGUCUCGCUGAUGCCAUGUCCCAGAAACACCUUCAGAUCAACCAGACAUUUGAGGAGCUGCGACUGGUCACGCAGGACACAGAGAAUGAGUUGAAGAAGCUGCAGCAGACUCAAGAGUACUUCAUCAUCCAAUAUCAAGAGAGCCUGAGGAUCCAGGCUCAGUUUGCCCAGCUGGCCCAGCUGAACCCGCAGGAGCGUCUGAGCCGGGAGACGGCCCUGCAGCAGAAGCAGGUGUCCCUGGAGGCGUGGCUGCAGCGCGAGGCCCAGACGCUGCAGCAGUACCGCGUGGAGCUGGCCGAGAAGCACCAGAAGACCCUGCAGCUGCUGCGGAAGCAGCAGACCAUCAUUCUGGACGACGAGCUGAUCCAGUGGAAGCGGCGGCAGCAGCUGGCGGGGAACGGAGGGCCCCCCGAGGGCAGCCUGGACGUGCUACAGUCCUGGUGUGAGAAGUUGGCAGAGAUCAUCUGGCAGAACCGGCAGCAGAUCCGCAGAGCCGAGCACCUCUGCCAGCAGCUGCCCAUCCCCGGCCCCGUGGAGGAGAUGCUGGCGGAGGUCAACGCCACCAUCACAGACAUCAUCUCAGCCCUGGUGACCAGCACGUUCAUCAUCGAGAAGCAGCCCCCUCAGGUCCUCAAGACCCAGACGAAGUUCGCAGCCACCGUGCGCCUGCUGGUGGGCGGGAAGCUGAACGUGCACAUGAACCCCCCCCAGGUGAAGGCCACCAUCAUCAGUGAGCAGCAGGCCAAGUCACUGCUCAAGAACGAGAACACCCGCAAUGAUUACAGCGGGGAGAUCUUGAACAACUGCUGUGUGAUGGAGUAUCACCAGGCCACAGGCACCCUCAGCGCCCACUUCAGGAACAUGUCCCUGAAACGAAUUAAGAGGUCUGACCGUCGUGGAGCAGAGUCUGUGACAGAAGAAAAAUUUACAAUCCUGUUUGAGUCACAGUUCAGUGUUGGUGGAAAUGAGCUGGUUUUUCAAGUCAAGACCCUGUCUCUCCCAGUGGUGGUGAUCGUCCACGGCAGCCAGGACAACAACGCGACGGCCACCGUUCUCUGGGACAACGCUUUUGCAGAGCCUGGCAGGGUGCCUUUUGCAGUGCCUGACAAAGUCCUAUGGCCGCAGCUGUGCGAGGCGCUCAACAUGAAAUUCAAGGCCGAGGUGCAGAGCAACCGGGGCCUGACCAAGGAGAACCUCGUGUUCCUGGCACAGAAACUCUUCAACAGCAGCAGCAGCCACCUCGAGGACUACAGCGGCAUGUCCGUGUCCUGGUCCCAGUUCAACAGGGAGAACUUACCAGGACGGAAUUACACUUUCUGGCAGUGGUUUGAUGGUGUGAUGGAAGUGUUAAAAAAACAUCUCAAGCCUCAUUGGAAUGAUGGGGCUAUCUUGGGUUUCGUGAACAAGCAACAGGCCCACGACCUACUCAUUAACAAGCCUGACGGGACCUUCCUGCUGAGGUUCAGUGACUCUGAAAUUGGUGGCAUCACCAUUGCUUGGAAGUUUGAUUCUCAGGAAAGAAUGUUUUGGAAUCUGAUGCCUUUUACCACCAGAGACUUCUCCAUCCGGUCCCUGGCUGACCGCUUGGGAGACCUGAGUUACCUUAUCUACGUGUUUCCCGACCGGCCAAAAGAUGAAGUGUACUCCAAAUAUUACACCCCAGUUCCCUGCGAGCCUGCCACUGCUAAAGCAGUGGACGGAUACGUGAAGCCACAGAUCAAGCAAGUGGUCCCAGAGUUUGUGAGCGCCUCUGCAGACUCUGCAGGGGGCAGCGCCACCUACAUGGACCAGGCCCCCUCCCCAGCCGUGUGCCCCCAGGCUCAUUAUAACAUGUACCCACAGAACCCUGACCCCGUCCUUGACAACGAUGGGGACUUUGAUCUGGACGACACGAUGGACGUGGCGCGGCGCGUGGAGGAGCUCUUAGGCCGACCUAUGGACAGUCAGUGGAUCCCCCAUGCGCAGUCGUGACCUCCCCAUGGCCAUCUCCAGCUUCUUCAUCCUCGCCAGAGGAGUUACUUUUGUGGAUGUUUUAAUUCCAUGAAUCGCUUCUCUUUGGAAACAAUACUCAUAAUGUGAAGUGUUAAUACUAGUUGUGACUUUAGUGUUUCUGUGCAUGGUGGCACCAGUGAAGGGCGCGUGAGCAUGUGUGGGUGUGUGUGUGUGAGACUGCACGUCGUGCUGUUUUUCCCCCUUGUGUCCAGAGUUUAGCUGUAGCACUGGGGUCACAAACAGAGGCUGUGGCUGUUUUAAUCUUCUGCAGAAAGGCAGUUAGUUCCACGAACCCUGGAACUUGGCCUUGUGUCUUGAGGGUGGCCUCACUUUGACAUGUGGCUGUUCAAGUGAGAGAAGGACAGAGGGAGGUAAAAGCACCUUGUGUCUGGUGAGUCUUUGUCAUUGUGUCUGCCAAGCCAUUGAUAUAUAACCAUGAUUGUCUCUGCUUUUCUCCUGAAACGUAGAAACUGCCUUUUGACAGAGAAAACCAGUCCUCCCUCCUUCCCUCUCCCCCAACCCCCGUUUUCCUGGGUAGGGACGGGCAAAGGGGAGACAUACCACAAUCGCUGGGGCAAGGGGAGUCAUGGGUUUUCCGAUGGGUAGUGGCUUUUUAAAUAACACGUAACCCAUCUAAAUGUUCUCUGCCUCGACCGCUCACUCCCACCCCCCGUGGAAUUGCCACUUAGUUCCUACGUGUGUACGCGUGUGCAGACAUGUUUGGUGAAGUAGAGGAAAGAAAAGAGGGUCACAUAACCAAAGCUUACAGUGUUGAUGUCCUUUGUGUUGCGGCCAGAGUGGACCAUCCAGCCCCCGGCCUGCGGGCACUGAGAACAUUGCCUUGUUACCCGGCAGCGGCUGUCCAGUCUGCUAUCCAGUCUGCCUGUCCUUCCUCUGCGCUGGUGGAGGCAUAAGCGAGGCUUUCCAAAGGCUUAUUGAUGAUGGCUUCUUACAAAUGUUGAAUGGUGUUUUGUUUCCAAAUCAGGACUUGUUUUUCCCUUCCCACCCUAAUUUGACAUCGGAAUUCUUUCCUCCUGCAUCAGGUCCUGUGCCGUUGAUACGCAGGUCACCUCUUUUCCCUUCACUGUUCGCACACAGUGUCUUAGGGAGUGGGUGGCAGGUGUGUGGGCUGAACCCAGGACCAGUGUGUAGCCCACCUGGUGCAGGGUGCUGGGUGUCGGCCUUGGUAAUUUGGGGGAAUGCAGUCAGCGGGUUUGCUGAGAAGUUUGGUAAACUGCAAAA